AUGGUCUGGAGAAAAGUAACAAAUAUCGAUGCAGCAGCCAAAUGGUGUAUUCAUAGUUUUUCUGCAUCACAAACGUCUCCAGCAACACAAUCAAACUUGCACAAUGGAAAUUCCCUAGAUUCAUCAGAAGUAUCUUCGUCGACUGAAAGUGAACAGCGACAAUCAUGUCGAUUGGAUUGGGCUGAAUCGUCAUGGACAAGAUGGAUACAGAUACCAUUACUAUUGUGGAUAACACCUAUUCUCUCUUUGGGUGAAAAAAUGGAAAACGAAAAGGAUGAUCAUGCAAUCAUAAUGGAAGAUGCAUCAUUUUCUUGGAAAGAUAUUCCUUCUUUGUUUUCUCUUAAUCUCAAAAUCACAAGAGGUAACUUAGUUGGAGUGAAGGGAGCCACUGGUGCUGGCAAGUCAACCCUACUAGCUGCUAUCCUCGGUGAGAUCAAUAUUAUUAGUGGAAAACUGCGACUAAAUGUUGACUCUAUUUCAUACGCUCCACAAUCGGCAUGGAUAUUUGCUGAUACUAUUCGCGCUAAUAUUCUUCUUGGCAAACCAAUGAAUGAAGAACGUUACAAGAAUGUAAUCAAGGCAUGUUGUCUUGAUAUCGAUCUACAAUAUUUCAGUGAAGUCGGCGAUUUAUUGAUGAUUGGUGAUAAAGGUGUCAAUUUGAGUGAAGAACAAAAAGCUCGAAUAUCGCUCGCUCGUGCUCUUUACGCUGAUGCUGACUUAUAUUUACUUGACGACCCACUUGCUGCCGUUGAUUCAAAGGUGGCCAAGAAUAUUUUUGAUCAAUGCAUCGGUCCUCGUAGUUUCCUUCGUGGAAAGACUCGAAUAUUGGUCACACAUCAGACACAUUUUUUAAUUGAAGCAGAUCAAAUAAUUCUCGUGAGGAAUGGUCACAUCGAUGAAUUACAUAUUGAACAACCUGUUAAAAAUGAGUCAUCGAAUAAUACAUUAGAAACAGACUCACUAAAUGAUAUAUCAGAAACAGACUCACUAAAUGAUACAUCAGAAACAGACUUAUCGAACGACAAUGAGACAGAUUGGACACUUGACAUUGCUAGAACUGAUAUAAAUUCGAUUGUCAAAAGUGAGACAACAAUUGAUGAUGCCAUCAAGUGGAGCGUUUGUCUACAACUAUUCACUGCAUCACCUUUACGUAGGUUUGGCUUUUUUCUUAUGAUAAUUUUUAUGGUUGGUAGUGAAGUUCUGUACGACUUUACAAAUAGUUGGCUUUCUCUGUGGUCUGGUAAAGAUGAUAGCGAACAACGAUCAUCAUUUUAUGCUUACAUCUAUCUUGGAGCUAUAGUUGCUACAUUGAUCAUUGCAUUGAUACGUACUGGUUAUAUCUUCUAUAUCAUCUCGUGUGGUUCAACCUAUUUUCAUAAUCGAAUGCUCAAAGGUAUCUUAUAUACUUCGUUACGUUUCUUUGAAAGUAAUCCAAGUGGACGAAUAUUAAAUCGAGCAAGCAAAGAUCAACAAGUGUUAGAUGAAUCGUUACCUCUGGCUUUAAUUGAUACUAUGCAAUAUUUACUAAUGACUCUUGGUUCUAUCAUAAUCAUUGGAAUGACCAAUCCAUGGGUACUUCUAAUUCUCAUUCCUUUGGUUCCCAGAAUUUUGUGCCUUCGUAGAUUUUACAUGCGUUCGAGUCGGCAACUCAAACGACUCGAAAGUAUGGCGCGUAGUCCAAUUCAUGCAUUGUUCUCGUCGUCAUUAGACGGACUUACUAGUAUUCGUGCGUUUGAUGUUCAAGGCGAUUUUUUGAAUAUGUUUAUGGAAAGAAUCGAUACCAAUGCACGAGCUUACUUUAUUCUCUUUGCCACUACACGUUGGUUCAGUUUACGGCUCGAUUUUAUAACAUCCUUACUCACAUUAAUUACUGCUAUGCUUGCAGUAGCUUUGAGCGAUCGAAUUAAUCCAUCGGCAGCAGCAGUCAGUAUCAGUUAUUGUAUUACUUUAACAGGUCUGUUUCAAUGGGCUAUGCGACAAUCAACCGAAGCUGAAAAUUUCAUGACUAGUGCAGAACGUAUUCAUGAAUAUGGUCAACUAGUACCAGAAAGUCAUCAGAACAGUAAUAAAAGCAGUGUACUAAUUCAACCAGCAGAUGAUUGGCCAUCUCAUGGUAUUAUCGAAUUUAAAGAUUACACUUUUCGCUAUCGACCAGAGCUCGAUCCUGUGCUCAAAAAUCUUAAUCUACGAAUUGAAUCCAAAGAAAAGGUUGGAGUUAUUGAUUGGACAGGUGUCGGAAAGUCAUCACUUCUUCAAACUCUCUUUCGAUUGGUUGAUCAGUCAGCAAUCAACGGUACAAUUCUCAUCGAUGGCAUCGAUAUUGGACAUCUUUCACUCGAUCAUCUUCGUUCUCAUCUAAGUGUUAUUCCACAAGUACCAAUAUUAUUCUGUGGUACACUUCGAUACAAUAUUGAUCCAUUCGAACAAUUCUCAGAUGAAGAAUGUCUUAAAGCACUUGAAGCUGUUCAACUCAAACAAUUAGUACGUAACCAUCCCGAUGGACUCCAUCUGUUGGUAACGGAAUCAGGUACUAACUUGAGUACUGAUGAACGGCAACUGAUAUGUUUACUCGAUUAA